AUGGUAAAUCAAAGUUUUGGCAUUUGCCCCGUGUCCCCCCCUCCCCCCCAGCUCCGUUCUCUUUUGUACAGCUUCGAUGACAGCGAGCACAACACCUACGCUCAGGAGUGGACUCUGGAUCACUUCUUCGUCCCUUGUGCUGCCAACCGUCCUUUCAAGCUCAUCCUCGCCCACGCCAAGCCCACUCCUUCUUCCACUGUCGGCUUUGCCAGUCCUGGAGCGGCCGAGGUUUUGCCCUUUGUGGAGGCUGAUUUGAAGAAGAUCACUGCCCGGGUCGUUGAAAAGGCCAAGGAACUCUGCAUCAAUAAAUCGGCAAUAUGUUUUCUUCUUUCGCUAGGAUAUUCUAAUAUGUUAUUUGCAUUUCAAUUCAAUGUUGAACAACAUUGA